UGUUAUUGGUCACAGCUUGUCACAUGGUACAAGGCUGUUGUGAAUAGCCUUGUACCAUGUGACCUCUGUGAUCAUUCACAGAUUUCACACGUAGUAAGCAAUGAUGCCAAUCAGUGAUCACAUAAUUGGAUCUUGUACAGUGGUCCCGUCCGACGUCAUUGAGAAGUACUGAGUGAGCUGUGAUUGGUCACAGCUUGUCACAUGGUACAAGGCUGUUGUGAAUAGCCUUGUACCAUGUGACCUCUGUGAUCAUUCACAGAUUUCACACGUA